CUCUUCUUUUCCUCGCACACGACCAACCUCGCUUUAUACACGUUCGAUUGCCCGACCUUGAGGACACGUCGAGCCGUUUAUUUGACUCAUCGACUUCAUCUUCCACGACCUUCUGAGGCUUCGUUGGCCUGAACAUCCAUCCAUCCACCCAUCCAUCCAUUGCUCCUCGGCAUCAAGCCCCAUCGCAAGGCAGACGGAUUAAAAAAAAAGAAGAAGAAGAAGAGAUUGACUCAACGCAACCACCGACAACGCACACCCACUGUCUCAAACACAAUCGCAACAUCUCCUCUAUCUCUCGAAAGAAAAAAAAACCCCCCCCCCCCGCCAGCUUUUCUCUGCCACCAGAGACCCAGCACAACCCCUCACGCGCGACCCCAACCGCAUCCCCAACCGUCUCUCCACCCAGCAACCGCAACACGCACCACGCACCACCCUGCCUCAAACCAUCCCCCAACCAUGACCCCAACAAGGCCACCUCUCCGCCUCCACCUCCCCCAUCUCCUCCCCCUCCCAACCCGCACACCCGCCUCCCUCCUCCCACGCAGAACCUACACCACCACCCCACCACCACCACCACCGUCCCCCCCCAAACAACCCUCAAGAGUCGCGUCAUUCUACCGCACCUUCUCCUACCCGAUCCUAAAAGCCUUCCUCGGCGCCCUCUUCACGUACCAAAUCACGUACUACGCGUGGCUGAAGCUCGAGUACGCAGAGGAAAAACGGAAUGUGCUGGAUCGUAUUGAUGACUUGAAGGGCGAGCUUGUGGAUGUUGUUGUUGAGGGGCGGAGGAAGAGUAGGGAGGGGGAGGUUGGGGUUGUUGGGGGUGGGGAUGAGGUUAAGAUGGAGGAAGGGAGGAGGAAGAAGGGGUGGUUUUGGUGAGUUUAUAGGAGGAGAGAGAGGGCAUGUGUGGAUUUGUAUACAUAUAUGUGUAUGGAAUUGUAAGGCUAGGGUAUGGGGGUGAUGGAAAGAUGGGGAAAUGGGUAGAAUUGAGCGUUUUUUUGGGGGUUGGGACUUUAGUGUUGUUAUUGUACUUGUACCGCUUUUUUUUUCUUCCCUCCUUCUUCUUCUUCUUCUUCUUCUUCUACUCUACUUGCACACGCGGUUCUAGUAGCACAUUGGCAACAUUAAAAAAACCUUGUGUUUGGGGCACAUGAAAUCUUUUCUUUUUUGUUUUUCUUUUGCGUCAACAUUCAAUUCAUGUAUGCAUAGUGCCGAUUCUCGUAUCCCCAUUCCCCCCCAUAGUUUCUUUU